AUGCGCUCGAAAAUAUUCGAUGAUGCCGAGCUCGAACGACUACGACGUGAGGCCAUUCCCUCAUCGAAUGAAUUGGCUACGGCUGGGGAUGAGGCUCCUCAGGCGACAGACCAGCUGCCACGCGUAGAAGCCGCCAUGGAUCUUCCAGUUGUGGGUGAUUCAGACGAUGAUGAAAUGGUCUCCCACGAACUAGAGCAAAUGAGGAGUAUAUUGGAAGAGGCGAUUUUAGAAACUCGCAGCAUGCCUCUCGAAAAUCGACCGCGAAUUCCCCGCAUACCCCUAAGCAAGCGAAAUCGGGCUGUCGUGAGGGCUUUUAACCCAAUGCUGGUAACCUAUUUGGAAGCCAGCCGGGACCUUUGCGAGACGGACUCAGUUCUUUUUGGCGCCGCAGUGGCAGCUUGCCGUAUUAUUGGCGCCAAACUUCCCAUGGCUGGACGCGCUACUAAACAAAGUAGCGCCAUCCCAGCCUGGAGAAAAAGAAUUGAGGACCGUAUCGCAAAGGCAAGGGCCCUUAUCGGCAGACUGAUAAGCUUCAGGUCGGGUAAUAAUAGACCGAGGGUUGUGCGCACCGUUAGAAUGGCGUUUGCUGGGACAAAUAUCAGUUUGUCCCAGCCGGAUAUCACGCAGAAACUAACGGAGCGCAUAGACGACCUGAAGCAAAAGAUUGCCGCUUGGGGGAAGCGGAUUCGCCGAUUUACCGAGAGGUCAAGGCGGUUCAACCAGAAUCGUCUCUUCCAGAGUGAUCAGAAGAGGCUCUACAAAUCAUUGGAGCGACCAGAGGUAUGUGGAGCGGGCCCAGGACCGGAUCAGGCUAACACUGUCGCAUUUUGGCGUGGCCUGUGGUCAGAGCCCGUAAACCACAGCGAGGGCCCUUGGACGGAAGUUGUGGCGAGUCAGUGUGCGAGUAUUACGCCCAUGGACCCCGUCAUCAUAACGCCGGAUGACGUAGCUGAGGCGGUCCGUAGAGCCCCGAACUGGAAAAGUCCGGGACUCGACGGACUGCAUCACUACUGGCUGAAGGGGUUCAUGGUGUGUCACGCUGUGCUCGCCCGUCAGUUUCAAGAGGCUCUCAACCAGAAGUCGCUCCCAAGCCUCUUCACUACUGGGAUCACUCAUUUGGUUCCUAAAGACCAGCCUGAGAAGGUGAUAACCCCCAUUUACUGCAGAAAUACACCACCCGAAAAUUUAGAUAAUUGCGAUGAAGUCAUUAGUGACGAUGAAGCAGGUAAUAGCAAUCUUGCGCGUCGACAAUUAUUGGGUGAAGUUGAGGUACAAUGCCAGUCUAUAUCAUCGGAACGACUUCUGGAAACUGUUGAAGGCAUUUCGGGAACCGCGACAUGA